AUGGGAAGGGGAAAGAUCGAGGUGAAGAGGAUUGAGAACAACACUAGCAGGCAAGUCACUUUUUCGAAGCGCAGAACAGGGCUGAUCAAGAAGACACAUGAACUUUCAGUGCUUUGUGACGCCCAGAUCGGGCUCAUCAUCUUCUCAAACAAAGGGAAGUUGUUCGAGUACUGCAGUCACCCACUGAGCAUGGGGCAUAUCAUAGAAAGGUAUCUGAAGACUACGGGUACUUCUAUUCCACAGAGUGAUAAUAGGGAACAAAUGUACCAUGAGUUAUCACGAGUGAAAAACGAAACCCUUAAUCUUCAAUUGAGUAUUCAACGCUACAAAGGCGAUGACUUGAGUUCUGCUCGACUCGAGGAGUUGGAUGAACUUGAACAACAAUUAGAACACUCGGUUAACAAGGUCCGAGCUAGAAAGGAAAAACUGUUGGAGAAGGAAAACCAAGAGAUGUACCACUGGUUGAUGAGCAAUCACAUUCAGAAGCAACAGGCAGAGAUGGAGCAUCAUGAUCAAGAGGCAGCUGUGACUGAACUGAAGCUAUUGGGACAGCAGCAAGUGCUGGAACAGUUCCCAUUUUAUGGAGAAGAACAGCCCAGUGGUGUGCUUCAACUUGCAAGUCUCCCGCCUCGGGCCUACCCGUAUCGCCUUCAGCCAUCUCAGCCCAACCUUCAAGAAUCCAGUCUGCAGCGCCGCAGCUACGCUAUUGGGACAGCAGCAAGUGCUGGAACAGUUCCCAUUUUAUGGAGAAGAACAGCCCAGUGGUGUGCUUCAACUUGCAAGUCUCCCGCCUCGGGCCUACCCGUAUCGCCUUCAGCCAUCUCAGCCCAACCUUCAAGAAUCCAGUCUGCAGCGCCGCAGCUACGGUGGUUUGACUCUGGAAGUAGGUCAAUGAGUGGUGGUGGUGAAGGUGGCGAUGGAUUGGUGGCGACCAUGACAAUUAUGGAUAAAUUUUUUUAA